AUGUACGCCAAUUCACAUCCGGGAAUUGUGCUUAAAAAGAGUGAGGAAGUAAACGAAACGAGUCACAAGAUGUUCCUUCGUCUGUUUCUGCUCGCCGCUAUCGUACCGGCGGUAUACCUAUGGUGUACCCCAUUCAUUUCCUGUAAUCAGACUAUUGUAAGUCAAUCGAAAAACCUUAAGAACAAAAAUGAGGAAUUAUUUCAGUAUGGAGACUUCAGCGACUUUGAGAAAGGAAUGAAAGUUCUCCUUCUAGGCCGCCCAUUCCAGAAAUUUGACGAAAUCAUCAUCACUGGAGAAUACUAUAACAACGGAUCCGAGGUCUUCGACGAUGCUCAAUUCCGUGUUGGACUUUCGAAAGGGCUUAUCAUGCAUCAACUGGGAGACGAUUUGGAGAAAUAUUUGAUGACUGCUUCCGUUGGAGCAAGUGAACCAAUGAUGAAUAUAACUGGUUUGAUCGGAGGUCGCGGAAGAGACCAAUUCGGUGCUGAUCAAACGCCAAAACCAAAUAUCACCUGUGAUGAUCCAUUUGUUCUCAGAGUCAAAAGUAUAGACGGAUACGGUUUUGCACUCGGAACUAUGGACGAAUUCCCCGGUAAAGUUAGAACCCAAUAUCCGAAAGCUGAAAGGGCCCAAUCGGUAUUCUUCAGCGGUCAAAUCAAGACCACAAAGAUUGAGUUGUGA